UCUUUCCUGUCUCUUUUUUCCUGUUCGAGCCUCUCCGAUUUUUCCUUUUUUAAAAAAGCUGCUGCACACAAUGCCUCGAAAGUGACCUUUGUCUGUUUCCUUCUGCCCACGUGUGAGGCAGACGCCAGGGCCACAGCCGGUGGCGAUGCGGAGUUGGAGUCUGCGUAGCUUCAGCUUCACUCAGCACCUCCCGCUUUUUUUCCAAAUUGUGGCACCAUGUGCACCCCGUUUCUGAGAGGUCCCAUUCGGGUCUGAGAAGUGAGCGCUGGUUCUCCAUCGUCCUGAGCACCACCAGGGUCGGUGGCCUCGCCUUCUCUGGCACAGCAGGAGGGCCUGGCGAUACGGUUGGGGCCUGGACUCGGCCAUGACUGAGGAGACUCCCACGGAUAACAGCGGGACGUUCCGAAUCCCCACCCGGCCACCGAGCCUCCCUGGGAGCCGAGAGGACAAGGUCACGGCCGCCAUGGAGCACAAGGCGAUCUGCGUUGUGGUUCUGGCCCUGUCACUGGCCCUCAGCACCCUGGUUCAGGGCCAGGCCGAGACGUGCGAGGUCACCCCCACCGAAAGGAAGAACUGCGGCUUUCCCGGCAUCACGGCCCGGGCGUGUCACGACAAAGGCUGCUGCUUCAACAGCGCCACCCGCGGGGUCCCGUGGUGCUUCUACCCCGCCAGCAGAAAGGCUCCCGAAGACGAUCCGGACGAGUGCGAGUUUUAGAUGUCCUCCCGCUGGGGGUCUCGACUCGGAAUGGCCCUGCCCCCCACCCCGUCACCGUCACCGUCACCGGCCAGACAUCGUGGGGACCUUCUGCGUCUGUGCCUCAGCUCACUACUGCAUGGAUCGAUCGCUCUGAUAUUCAUGCUUGAAAUUGGGCUAAAAAUGAAGAGAUGAAUUUCCCUCUGCACCCGCAGUUCCUUAUAAAAAUAGAAACGAUUUUCCUUUCUUUCAAA